UUCUCCUCUCAGUCUCUCUCACAUAUAUCACUGUCUGUGCCACUCAAACCCUAAGCGCUUGCUUCCCAAUCGCCGGCGAGUUCCACCGUGAACCUCGCUAUUUCCGGCAUUUUUUCGUCCUUCUCCGGCCAGGAUCCGCAGGAAAAGAUGAGUUCGGGAAGAGGGGUUGGAAAUCCUAAUAAUGAUCCAUCAGCCAAGGGAAAAGGCAUAUCUGGAGUCUCUAGCCCAAGUGUUGACCAGUUGAGUCACAACAUGGCAGACGUCAACCUGAAUUCAGGACAGGAUGAUGGCGAAUGGGAGGUUGCAAGGAAGCCUAAGAACAGAGCUGGAAGCAGUGCUGCAAAACAAUGGGGUUCUCAGAGUAAUAAUAACUCUAGAGCAUGGGGAAAUCCAAAUAUGGGUCAGAAACAAGGGAUACGGAAUAAUGGUGGACCAGGAAGGGCUUAUGGAAAUACCCGGUCGACACAAACGGCUGAUCCUAAGCGACCUGCUGGCAGGGGACAUGUGAGACCCCAACCCUCCACCAGGGGUUUUGAGGGCAACUACAUGGCCCCACAACCUGUAAUCGGCCCUCCAUUGCAGCAUGGAUGGAACUGGUCUGCUGUAGCUGGUUCCACACAAUCCAAGGGAUCACAAGAUGAUGGCCUGCAAAACAACGAAAGCAUUUCAGAGUCCCAUCAUGGUGAUGAUGUUGAGGCAGAUAAGUAUGGCAAUGCUGAUGAGGUUGAUGAUGAUGACUCUGACACAAUUGACGAUACCGAUGAUGAUCUUCUAAGUGAUGAAUCUGACUCUGAUGCUAGUCAAAAGAGCCAUAACACUCGCAAGAAGAGCAAAUGGUUCAAGAAGUUCUUCGACAUUUUGGAUAGCUUGUCUGUUGUUGAAAUAAAUGACCCAGCACGGCAGUGGCACUGUCCUGCAUGCCAAAGAGGCCCUGGUUCCAUUGACUGGUACCGAGGCCUGCAUCCUUUGAUGACACAUGCCAAAACAAAAGGCUCAAGCAGGCUGAAGGUCCACAGGGAAUUGGCUGAACUUUUGGAGGAGGAGUUGUGCCAGAGGGGAACUUCAGUUGUUCCAGCUGGAGAGGUAUUUGGUAAGUGGAAAGGUCUGAAAGAUGAUGAAAAGGACCAUGAAAUAGUUUGGCCUCCAAUGGUUGUUAUCAUGAAUACAAAGCUUGAACAGGAUGACAAUGACAAGUGGCUAGGCAUGGGGAAUCAGGAGCUUCUUGACUACUUCAGCUCCUAUGCUGCUCUUAAGGCUCGACACUCUUAUGGUCCACAGGGGCACCGUGGGAUGAGUGUUUUGAUCUUUGAGGGGUCUGCAAGUGGUUAUUUGGAAGCUGAGCGCUUGCAUAAGCAUUUUGCUGAGCAAGGAACUGACAAAGACGCUUGGGGACGUCGCAACCGUGUCUUAUUUCAUCAGGGUGGGAAGCGCCAGCUUUAUGGUUUCAUGGCCAUGAAAGAAGACUUGGAUGUAUUCAACCAGCAUUCUCAAGGUAAAUCUAAACUGAAGUAUGAGAUGAGAUCGUACCAGGAGAUGGUUGUGAACCAAAUCAGACAGAUGAGUGAGGACAACCAGCAGCUUGUCUAUUUUAAGGACAAGAUUGUCAAGGAAAAGAGGCAUUCAAAAACUGUUAAAGAAUCUCUUGAUCGUGUUACUGAGAAGCUGCGCAAGACGGAGAAGGAUUUCCGCAUUGUGAGACAGAGAACCAAAAUGCAGCAUGAAGAAAACAAGGAAGAGAUGUAUGAGCAAGAGAAUUUCUUCAAGGAUCAAAUCAAGAUUAUCCAUGAAACAAGGGAUGAAAAAGAGGAGAACUUUGAGAGGCUGCAACAACAGGAGCGUGAAAAGAUGAAACUUUUAAACGCGAAUCCUUCAAGCGCAGACGAAUCUAGCCAAAGGGCUGAGGAAAUCGCAAAGUACAUAAAGUGCCAAGAUCAAGAGAUGGAAGCCUUUGUAGAAGAGAGAGACAAGCUUAUAAAAGCUCAGGAAGAGAAAAAGGCUGAAAUGAAGCGGAGGCAGUGGGAGGAAGAGGUUGAGCUUGAGAAAGAGUUCAAUGCAGAACUAAUUCAACUAAUGGACAAGUACUCCCCACAUCGUCCUGAUGCUGCUGCUGGCCUUUAAAUUUGGUGGUGGACGAGUGUACCCCUCCAUUCCGUUCCCCCACCUUCCUACUUUUUGCAUACACUAAUUCCCCUCGUAACUUUAGACAGUAUAGACUUUUUACCUUUCCAAAGAAUAUUAUACCAAAAAGAUAGGAACAAAGAAAGUUAGUAGCAUAUGGUAAUUACUGUAGACUGUAGACCUGUGUCUGACAGCUUUAUUGCGUCAGUUUUUGUGGGUAAACGAUGGCUGCAAUUUUUAUCAAGUUUCAUCUCUUAUCUAUGGUGGUAUGAAGUUGUUGUUUUAAGGCUUUUUGUUUUU